AUGGAUUUGCGCACGAUCAUGAACACCGACGGCGGCGCUGCCUCCAAGGCCCCGCAAGCCAGUCAAUCUUCGGGCGCGCCUGAUUCAUCUCUUCAACAUCCGUCGCAACAACAGCAACAGUCGCAGUACGCCGAAUACUCGAACCGUUCCUCACAGCCCUUGCAACACGCCCAACACGCCCAACACGCCUCGCCCGGUCGAUCCGCGUCCUUCGGUCCUGCUCAGUCGCCCUACCAGCAGUUCACCCCAGCACCGCCGCCUCUGAAUACGGCCGUUCAAUCGCAUCCAAGUCAAAGUCCGCAGCAGGUGUCGACCCCAUACGGUUCCGGUGCGCGUGAUCCGUACGGCACGUCGGGCUACAAUUCGCACCCCCAGGCUCCCGCGGGCCCCUUGGCCUCCCCGUACACGCCGCAGCAGCCCAUGAGUGCUGGUCCUCAGCAUUCCGAGCAACAGUCUUAUUUUGCGCAACAGCGGUCAAACUCGUUGCAAUCCGUGAUGACGAACCCGCUUGGGGCGGGUGAAACCUUCCGCCCUCGAGAUAGCCCCCCGUCUGCCUCGCACCCGCCUCCCUCUCAUCAAUUCUCUCCCUCCACACAUCGUUCAAUUCCAGGAACCCCCCUGGGUCCUCCUCCCACUAUCUCCUCUCGUCAAUCCCCUUCCUCCGCACGCCCACGGUCAUCCGGUCGCGACUCUCCGCGGAACAAUUUGUCUAGUCCCUACACCGUGCAUGAAUCUCAAGGACGGAAUGCGAAGCAGACCCAAUCUCCCUCAACUUCACGACAGAUCUCACCUUCCUCUCGCCACUCCGAAUCGGCUCCUCACUUUCCUCCUACCGUCAAACAGGAGCCCUCCGAGAUCUCCAGUCCGAAGGUUACCUCCCGACAGAACAGCACCGCAACUGCGUCUGAUACUGCUGGUACAGCUCCUCGCCGUUCGUCUGAAGAUCAAAAGUGGAACGAGAGCCCCACGGCAGCAUUCCCAUCGGGCCCAGGGUCAGAUAGGCGCGCCUCACCCAUUGCUACCACACAGACACAGAUCACCAGCUCCCCAUCCGCCUCAAGAAGCAGUUCCCAUCCCCUUAAAAUGGAGGUGGAUCCAGGGGCCACAGAUCGCAGCGAGAUUCAACAACCCAAGCCCAAGAGGAGACGGUACAAUGAACCUCCGAUCUAUGCUCAGCGAUCAGUACGAACCAAGGGCAGAUGUCCCGUGAUUCCCAACCCGCAGGCGCCGAUUCCAAAACAUGCACGAGGCUCCGGCCAGGAUCCGUGGGCCUCUCGCAGGCAGUCAUUAGCAUCGACUGCUGGCUCUACGACAACCGCACGCACUGCUCGGACACCUGGGCCAGCGGUGCCUCCACCCAGCACAAAUGGCCCCCCUCCACCUCCUGCUGUCGCUGCUGCUCCUCGCGCGCAGCAACAGGGCUCGCUUGGUCCGUGGGAGCCUUCAAUUACAGGGCUCAUCCCAUUCGAGGAAAUCACUAAGCAGCUUUGCGAUUUCCUGUUCCAGCAUGUGGUGAUGAGGACCGACGUAGGGACUGGUGCUGCGGGCUCGGCUGCUGUAGGACAAGGUGCCCUCAUCGAAAUUGAAGCAAAGUUGGGUCAUGUCAUGGACAUGGAUCGCCGAGAGAGACUAGUGCUGCCAAUUCUCACCGAGGGCGUCAUCAAUCGAGAGUCCCGGUUGCGCACUUCAUUUGAAAGUAACAUGACUGUUGAGCAACAUCGAGCCAUGAAUAACUUUCUCAAUGAGCAAGUCAAAGCAUCGAUGGCCAACGAGUCAUCUCGCAUUCCAAUCUCGUACGCUCAUAAGAAGGAGCGCGAUACAUUCUACGAGAUCUCGCCCCAGGAACUACCACCAGUGAUCCGGCAGAACCUUAACCCUCGCCACAAACCCAAAGUCCGUGUGACCACCGAUGCAAAGACCGGUGAAAUCAUCGCAAAGAUUGUCAAAUGUCGCGUCGCAGACAUUGACGUGUACAGUCCCCGCACAAACGUCGAUUGGCGCGUUUCUGUCAACCUUGAAAUGGAGUACGAUGGCGAUGUCACCCACCUCCCCAUGGUGGACGCCUCCAAGGGUGGCCGCGGCGAGCGCAACAAAGACCGCAUGAGCUACCGACACUUGGCCUACCAAAUCGACCUGACACAAGUGGCAACGGUCGAAGCGCCGACGAAAAACGAUUUUGACCACGAGCUUGAAGUCGAAGUCUCUGCUGACGAAAUCCGACGUCAGGGCCUUCUCGCCGUGGCGGGCGAUCCGUCAAACCAAUAUGAAGAAUUGGUAAAGGGCUUCGUGGAUAAUAUUCGCGUCCUGGCUCGGGCCGUGCCGCCUUGA